AAAUGCAGGCUUCUCAGCUUGAAAGGGGUGGGCGAAGGGGCAGGUCUGCAUGCAUUAGCUCCUGCAUUUUACGCUUCGAUACGCUCUUUUUUGAAAGCUAGCAAAGAAAAAUAAAGUAAACAGAAAGAGUUAAUAGGAAAGACGGAUAAAGAAUAUCAUCCCGGAAGAAACUACAGUGCAGAGGCCCCGGACGGAACCGAGUUGGCAGUGCAGCGUGUGCGUUUUCCCCCCACGUUCUGCUUCGUGUGCUCAACGUUACUGCGCUCCACGCCAUGCCCAAUAUUGUGCUUUUUAGCGGGAGCUCCCACCAGGACCUGUCACAGAAAGUGGCCGACCGGUUAGGACUGGAGCUGGGGAAAGUGGUCACCAAAAAGUUCAGCAACCAGGAGACGUGCGUAGAGAUUGGAGAAAGUGUGCGGGGUGAAGAUGUGUACAUCGUGCAGAGUGGCUGUGGAGAAAUCAAUGACAACUUAAUGGAACUUCUAAUCAUGAUCAAUGCCUGCAAAAUUGCAUCUUCCUCUAGGGUGACGGCAGUAAUUCCCUGCUUUCCCUAUGCCAGACAAGACAAGAAGGACAAGAGCCGUGCUCCUAUUUCUGCAAAACUAGUGGCAAACAUGCUGUCUGUUGCAGGAGCAGAUCAUAUCAUUACAAUGGACUUGCAUGCAUCCCAGAUCCAGGGUUUUUUUGAUAUUGCGGUGGAUAAUCUAUAUGCAGAGCCUGCAGUUCUACAGUGGAUUAAGGAAAAUAUUCCUGAAUGGAAAAAUUGCAUUAUUGUUUCUCCUGAUGCUGGCGGUGCAAAAAGAGUUACAUCUAUUGCAGACCGACUGAAUGUUGAAUUUGCCUUGAUUCACAAAGAAAGGAAGAAAGCAAAUGAGGUGGACAGAAUGGUCCUGGUGGGUGAUGUGAAGGAUCGCAUAGCUAUCUUAGUGGAUGACAUGGCAGACACUUGUGGAACAAUUUGCCAUGCUGCAGACAAAUUAUUGUCAGCUGGAGCCACUAAAGUCUAUGCCAUCUUAACCCACGGGAUCUUUUCUGGUCCAGCCAUUUCUCGAAUAAAUAAUGCUGCCUUUGAAGCCGUUGUUGUUACUAAUACCAUUCCACAAGAAGAAAAAAUGAAGCAUUGUCCAAAGAUUCAGGUGAUUGAUAUUUCAAUGAUCCUCGCUGAAGCAAUUCGCAGAACACACAAUGGAGAAUCUGUAUCCUACUUAUUUAGUCAUGUCCCCUUAUGAGAAGAUAACCGAUUACUAUUUUUACGUCAUUCAUCAAUGUCUGCAGUCCUCUACCUGAAAUCAUGCAGGCCCAUGAGCAGGAGCAUCCAAAUAAGUGACUUAUUCCUCCUUUCCAAUGAGUUCCUUUCUGAUCUUAAACUGCAAAAAAAAAAAAAAAGUCUUAUGUCGGGUAAUAUCUUUGAGUAGUCUGUCCAGUUGCUGUAGCUUGAUCCAAAUGAAGAAUUUAAGUAAAUGUGUGUUUGAACAGUGCAUUCAGAACUUGUCAUGUUUUUCACAUUUUGCUUUGUUGCAGCCUUGACACCAAAAUAUUUUUAUCAAGCAACACUCAAUACCCCAGAAUUACACAACAAAAGGAGGAGUUUAGAAGGUUUUGCAAAUUUAUUAAAAGUAAAAAAUUGGUAAACUGUGAUAUUUCCGUUUUUAAUGUUUAAUACAUUUUCAAAAAACUUCUAAAAUCCCAUCUUUGCAUAGUCAUUCUAAGUUGAGUAUUGCUUGAUGUGGGGGGAAAAAUUAAUUUGAAAGAUUUUAGCAGAAGGCUGCAGCAUGGCAAAAUGUGAAAGAAGUGAAGCGGUCUUAAUACUUUCUAUAUGCAUUUCUUUCAGCUUCUUACAAGCAAAAAAAGGAAGUAAAUCUGUUAUAAAAAUUACACUAUAAAAAUUACUUGUGCAAGGGCAUCUGCUCAGUUAAAAUACAAAUGUCAGAUUGGUAAACCAGUACAUAUACAGAUCUGCUAUUUGUAACCACUUGGUGAAUUUAUUUAAGCUCUCUGACACUUUUAAAAUGUUAUAACAUUCCAAAUUGCUUUUUCAGGAGUUGUGUAUAUUUUUAAGGUGGGUGGGGGGAGUAAUCUUUAUAAAUUUAUUAUCUGUUGGAGAUUAGGGGUUGUUGCUGGUAAUGUACCUCUUUACUGUCUCUCAUUUUUACAUUUAUGUUGUGGCACAGUGCUUAUCCUUACCAGUUCCAAACUUUAAGCACUGCUUUAAAUAAAUGCUAAAAUACUUUAAA